AUGGCAAAAAAUCACGAAAAAGCGUAUGAUUUCGCAAAAUUUCAACGCUGUUUUUUAAUAAAACAUACAGACGAUGGUAGCGAAGAGGAGGAAGGCAUUGCUUUUACGAUAAAAGUUAAAAACAAGUGCCUUAAAAGCUGGUAUGACUUUACUACGAAGAAAGGUCCCGAAGGCAAAUUAAAGUUAGUUGAUAUUAUCAAUCGUUUCUUGGCGGAACAGCAUGUAACCCCCCUAAAGGAAAACUGUGUCAGGAUUGAAGAGCAUCCCAGAGCUUUGUCUUCCAUGGCAAAAAGUAAGUUGUUUGCGAAACGUGGGCGACAGUAUACAUCUUGCUCAAACCUUUUCAGGCGCAUUAUUGUCAUGAAGAGUGAAUUAAUUCAAAGCCAGGAUUUAAACGAGACCAGGAAAACAAUGGAGCAACUUCAUGCCCAAACGACACAAUUUUCUGAGCAAAAUAGGUGCAUAAAUGAACGAUGUGAGCAGUUAUCCGAAAGUUUGAAAACUCAUAAUGAUCAGAAAUGCAAAUCGGAAGAAGAGUUGGAAGAGCAAGUGAACAGAAAUGCAGAACUUGAGCAAAGUAACAAACAAUUACUUGAGCUGGUGACGAAGCUGGAGGAAUUACAUGGAAAGGAUUUAGAUAAGAGGAGGAAAACAUUUACAGAGGUUGGACAAAGACAGCAGCACCGGAUUAUGACGGAAUUAAAGACGAAAGCAGAGAGGUCUUUAUGGUUCGCUAAAGCAUUUGGUUUGGAUGUAUCCUCUAUCAAAUUUGAAGAUGAGGCCGGUUUGCACCAUGAAGUAAAAUAUAGCUCACCUAGAGAGGGCACUGAUAAAACAUUGAUAAAACAAUGCAAGGACGAUUUAAACAAAUUGGUUCACAUUUCCAGAACACCAGGGCAGGCUGAAGGAGCACAACUGGAUUUUGAAAGUGAAUUGGCAGAUGUAUUAAGAAACAAGGUGGGUUAAUUUAUCAAUGCAUAUGAACUAAGCUUUAAAAUUUAUUGAGUUUAUUGAAUCAUUUUGAUUUAUCUCUUGAAAUUUAAUUCUAGAUUCAAAAAGGUGAAAUCCAAGUGGAAAAUGGUGAGAAAGUCAGGGUGAAAUUUAGUGGGGAUGGAGCCAACAUGACUCGCAAGAUUUCAUUUGUUGUCAUUUCUUUUUCUGUUAUUGAUAGUGAUGAUGUAAUGUCAUCAAAAGGUUAGUACAAUUUUGUUACUACAAUUUCAUUCCAACAUUUGGUUCCAACCAGUUGUGCUACAUGUCCUGGUCAUUAUUUUGGUAAUAUAAAAUAUAAUAUCAUAGCUAUCUCGAAUUCCUUUGUUUCGCGAGGCACGAUUAAUGACUAAUUUACCUCAUUGCUAAAGCAUGAGGGACGAUUAGAAAUUAAUCACUCCACGGGACGAUUAGUUACUCAUCGUCCCUCAUCUUUAUCAUAACCUCUUAUAUUGAUGUUCAAUUAAAUACUUAACAGGCAUGAAAAAUCAACCGUAACCUCAUUAUCGAACAUCCCAAUAGUCAUUAGUAUCAAAAAGCAAGCACGCCUUUUCAUUUCAACUUAUUCAAUCGAAGGAAACCGUUUUAUUGUCUCGGUAGCUAUGAUAUUACAAAGUGAUAGCAUUGCAUUACGGUCGAUUAGUGAUGAAAUGUCCCUCAAAUUAGUGAUGAAAUGUCCCUCGGCUUUCGGGUACAUUUAAUCACUAAUCGCUCUGAAUGCCAUGCUAUAUUACUUAUAAUUAAUAUUGCACCUUUUAUUAAUUUAUAGGCAACCACACGGUUGCUGUUAUUAAAGGGCAAGAAAGUUAUGAGCUUCUGAAGUGCUCUUGCUCUGAGUUAUUCAAAUCAAUCAACAAAAUUACUAGAGGGGGAAAAAUUAAAGUAGACGAUCAGGAUGUAAUGGUGGAUAUGUUUCUUGGGGGUGAUUAUAAGGUAAUAAUUAAUUUUCAUACAUCUGUACAUUAAAUUUACAAAUUCAAAGAAUGGUAAUUUUGAUUAUUGAAUUUUCAGUUUCUAUUGGAAAUAUGCGGCAUGAAAGGGGCCACAUCUGACCAUUCUUGCGUUUGGUGCAAACUUCACAAAAAGCACAGGUAAUCUGUUAAAAAUGGCGCAGAUAAAACAUGCGGUUAGAAAUAUCUCUAUAUUCUUGAGUUUCAGUACGGCAUUUUGCAGUGAAUCUGACGGGGGGUCAACCUAAAAUGUGUUGAUGCUUAUGUUGUACUGGAGUGAGCAAAUGAUAGGAAAUUGCAUGUAUUUGCCACCAAACACAAGGCCAACACAUACAGUGAACAAUUAAUUCAUUCUGAUGACUAUGUCUCGAUUUAAAGUUGACCCCCCCCCCCCCGGUCAAAUUUAUGAAGUCAUAUGAAACCCAAGAAUAUGUUACUUCAGUUCUUCAACAAUUUAUGUUAACUUUUAUUACCUUAGACAUGACAUGACGAAACCUGAAAAUUAUUGUUGGGAAAUUCCUUUGGUGAGAUCCCUGGAAGAUAUUAUUGAAUGCGUUAGAAAACAAACGUACUCUUGUGUGCAUCCGCCUUUGUUGAACAUUGGACUGCGGAACAUUGUCCCUGAUGAAUUGCAGUUGAUGCUUCGAGUCACUGGUAAUAAUAAGUAAUAUUAAAUUAACUUAUCUGGAAACACUAUAUCUUUGGUAUUAGUAUGUUUCCACACAAUUUUCCAUUUGUCUUACUUUUCAUUUUCAAACUAAAUUGUUUAAUAAUCAGUGUGUAAACAAACCUCUGUGUGUAAACAAAGAGACCACAGGUUUAGGAUUAAAGUUAAUAUUUAUAUAACUUAUUUAAUAGAUAAUUGAUUUAUUCCGACACUGCAUAAACUGUGAAGAUGAGGUUUAAAUUAUAGUAACUGUACUACAUAAUUUAAAUUUAUAUUGGCACUUAUACAUAAUUUAAAUUUAUAUUGGCAGAUGUUUUGCUGAACAACUUGAUAUUAGGAGCACUGUCUUUAGAUGGAAAAGACAACCACAAUAAGCCUCCUAAUCAGAGAAUGACUGGGCAUAUAGAUGCUCUUUUAUGUGCAAUAAGAAGUUGUGGUGUGUCUUUCUCAAUAUGGGAGAAAAUGAAUGCUAAUGGUAGUGGGAGUGGAACAUAUGAUUUUACAAGUCUAAUGGGUCCAGAUAAGAGAUUACUUCUUGAAAAGCUUGCAAAAAAUUUGGAAAUCAAUCCAGAUGCUGUUAAUCAAAAUAUCCAACAUAGUGUUAUUGAACUAUGGAAUGUAAGUUUUUUUUAAUUAAUUAUAAUAACUUUUAAUACUGUAGCACUUCACACUGAAUAUUGUCAGACAAAUUGUAUUGUUUCCUGUUUAGCCAAUUAUCUGGAAUUUUAACAAGCCUUUUAGACUUGUUUCAUUAUAUUUUAUUUAGGACUUCAAUGAUCUUUGCCUCAUACUAACAUCAAAAAGCAUCGAUGCCGCUAAAGUUGAUGAAUACUUUCAGAAGGUAUGGUAUUAAAUAUUCUAAAUAAUAUGCCUGAUAUCAAACAAACCUUUACAAUUGAUAAGAUCCAGUGAUGUAAUUGUACAUUGUUUUAGUAAUUUGUAUUCAUCCUGCUAAUUUCUUUUAUCCUAAUGGCAGCAUUUUUUUUUCAUUUCAAAAACUGAUUUUUUAUAUAUACAGUAAAACAGCAGUCAAAAUGUUGUGUUGAUUUCCAUUGUGAAAUACUCAUGGAUUUUACUAUAUAUGUAAUAUAGUCGUUAAAAUUUGGUUUAUGGUACUUUAAAUAUGGUUAUAGUAAAAAACACUCCUAUUAAAUUUAAAUCUUUGAACACAGUGAUUUAAAUAUAAACAUUUGAUUUUAAAUUUAAAGAAUCAAUUUCUUUCAAUGCAACUCAAACAAACUAUGAGAAGGCAUGUAUAAAAUAAUUAAUUGCAGCAAUAAAAAAGGAGACCCCCCUCCAUAAAGUGUCUAAUAUUUUAUGAACCCCCCUUUUUCUGGCUGAAAAAUAUGUGACCCCCCUGUUUCCACCUCCCCACCCCCUCUGCUAAAUUAUGACCAGUCCCCUAAAUACGAAAUAAUUGUGUAUACGAAAUAAUUGUGUAUACGCAAUACGCAUAUUCACAGUUAAUAGUAUAUUAACUGUGGCAUAUUAUACAAUAUUAUAUACAGUAUACAGUCUCUUUUGGACAAUUAAAUAUUCAAACUGUACCGCACGCAACGAAAGAGUCUUUGUCUUUGACUUUACCACACGUUUGAUUACUGGCAGAGAGUUAUACCUCGACACAAUUUUUGAUCAUAGAAUCUCAGCGAUGCGAAAACGGUUUACAUAUAUUACAGUCUUUGAUGGGCUUUUCACAGUCGGGAGAGCAUGUUUAGAAUUUGCACACAGUGGGCGGGUCACAAGAUCUUGCUGUUUUAUAGCAAUUCCCUGUCUCUACACAAGGUAAAUCCGUAGGGUUUACGUAUCAGGAUACACUUCAACACUGACAACGUCACAACCAUAUCGUUCGCUCGAUUGGUCUAGAAGACGUUUUAAUACGGCGAAAAGCGUCCUUUCAUUGCCAAGCCUUGAUGCCCAAUGAAAUCUGAUCCAACUUCUCGCUUGACUAAUGUAACCCAACACUCAAUGAUAUAGAGGAAGUUGAGUCAUAAUAAAUACAAAAUCUUUCAGGAUUUCUGUUGCAAAUUUAAAUUUUAUCGUUCGAAACUGUAACACACAAGUUGUAAUUUUUCAAAAUGCAACAAGAGCACUCCUCUACCACCCCUCCCUAAGUACAAUUUCAGUUUAGCACCCAGAAUCUGGGAGCCAUGUGACCAGCUCCGACCAGGUUCUUUCCUUCCCCAAAGAAAGAGCCUGGGAACGAGGUUGUGUUACAGCAUCCUGUAGAUGUAAAUACAAUGCAGCCAUGGCCCCUGAGCCUCGUUUUUGUGUUUUAGCUUAUUUCCACAUUUAUGAAUAUGUGUUUUCAGAAUAGAUUCGAACGAAAACUGGAAUUACUCAAGCUGCUUUCCAAUGUCCAUGGCAUAACAAGUUUGCUUCUAAAUGGGGAGUCAGUGAUGUUCAAGAAUAGUCAACAACUCAGUAGCAAAACUCAAGCAGAAUGCCUACAGAACUUUAUGUUUAUUGAAAAAACUGAAGAAAACUGUAAACAGAAAACAAACAAACCUUCAUUAGUAACAGUAUUGAUUGGUCAAUAA